AAGCGAGGACCGCGAAACGUUCGAGAACACUAUGGUGACUCAGUUCGAGUUCCGAGCCGCGGCUGCGGUGGCGGCGCCGCCGUCCACCUUCCUCCGCACUUGGUCCAGGGGCAGGAAGCAAGCUGGACUGACGGAAUUCGUCGCCGCGGGAGAUGCCGAUGGUGCCGGAUCCAAGUAUCCUGUUCUCGGCGCGUCGUCGUCUUCCGGGCCGGCGACUGGUAGGCAUGAACACGUCUCUGUAAUGGUGGAUGGAGAUCAGGGCGCCGCGCCUGGAGGCGACAAGAAGCUGAAACGGGCUUGCUCCGCGCCCGGGGCCACUGUGGCGAUCGCGCACGCCUCGCCGCCGGACUCCUAUCGCCGCAUGCCAUGGCGCAGCAGGAAGCAGUACUCCCCGAAGCGCUUCGUCGCGGCGGUGGGAGCACCUCCUUCGGCUGCCGCGCCGCCCUCAGACGAUCGACUUCUCCCCGCUGCCAGCCUAUGCUCCGCAUUGCCGUCAGCGUCGAGGACGGGAGCUGCCUCGGAUGCCACGGCGAGCUCCGGUGUGUUUGACUCGGAGGCGUCGUCCUCCAAGCGCCCUCCUUCUCGCGGCAGGAAGCAGCCGCGCCCGGAGCACUUCAUCCCAGAGGAAGCGGAAGCUACGGCAAGCGCCAAGGCUCGCUGGAGCGACAUCGUCCUCGACGGGUUCCUCUCUGGCUCCUCGGUAUCGGAGUGGGUGAGGAAUGUCACAGCCCAGGACACCGCUGUUGACGGUGAGCGCCAGCGCGGCGUCAAGGGCUUCAGGAUCAGGGACGCGAGCCACCACGCCGCCCGUGCGCUCAGCCGCCUCGGAUGCACAUCGCCAUCGUCCUCUUCAGCGGCCGCUGGGGGUCCUCCUGGAGAGCCCGGCGGGAAAGGGAGGUUGUACGGCGUGCUCGCUGUCCUUGGCGCGUCGCUGGCGCUCACCGUGGUUUCCUGCGUGCUGUUCUACAUCGCCGGCCAGAGGAGCGAGCCUGGACUGUCCCGGGAGAAGCCCGACGAGUGACAGUUAUCCAUCUGAAGUGAUCAGUGACAGUUAGCAUUCUGAAAUGUCCAGUGACAGAUAGCCAUCUUUUUUUUUUUUUGAGGCUGUGGCUAUGCUCCCUCAUCUAAAAAUAGACAGAUAGCCAUCUGAAGUGUAAAGGAUUCAGUAAAGGCUGUAGCUGCCUUUGGCAUUCCUUUGGAGCCAAAGAAUUCGCUGCUUAUACCUGUAGCUACUCCAGUUCUUUGCCCGAAGAAUUAGGUUUGCAGUUGUCUGAAUACUGAAUCUUCGUCUCUUCCGACUUCAUAUUAUCAGUGAUGUGCGGGUCUUGGAACCCCUUGUAUGUGCUUCACAUUUGUUGCACCGCGUCCCUUGUAGCUUAACGGAGUAUAGCACUGUUAUGA